AUGACUGAAGCCAAACAAGAUUUAAUCGAGUUAUCAACAAAUCCUUUAGAUGUAUGGAUAAAUACACAUUAUGAUGAAUUGUGUGCAGGUAUGACGUGUGAAAAUGCUCUAUUCUGCAAACCAUCAGACAUGAAAGACAAGAAUUUCCAAAUGAGUAUUAAGGAUAAAUGUGAUAGGAAACAUAGAAGAAUAGACGGUAAACAAACAUGGUGUUAUGUUUUGAAAGAAGAAAUGAAAGGAUUAUAUAAACAGGUUGAACCAAACGAUAAUGAGGAUUCAUUUACUGACGAUGAAAUACCUGUAAAUGAAGCUUUAUAA